AGAAGAGGUGGCAGCGCAGCCAAUCGCAGUGUAAGUGGCGUAGGGCAGCGUGUUAGGGCGGGGGAGGUAUUUUGCAGGGCAGUUUCCCACAUUUGCUUUGCGUAAAGCUUAUAAAAUAAUUUGUCGCAGCACGAUCUAGCAAGUAAACAAAGCUUUAUAUCCAUCAAGGUGAGUUACCUGAUCGCGAAGUGGAAAGUAGCUUAAUCUCCUACACAAGGCAUCAUGACUGACAGGAAGGCAGUAAUCAAGAAUGCUGACAUGUCAGAGGACAUGCAGCAGGAUGCAGUGGACUGUGCUACCCAGGCCAUGGAGAAGUACAAUAUAGAGAAAGACAUUGCGGCCUACAUAAAGAAGGAAUUUGACAAGAAGUAUAACCCAACAUGGCAUUGCAUUGUUGGGAGGAACUUCGGCAGCUACGUCACUCAUGAGACAAAGCAUUUCAUCUACUUCUAUUUGGGGCAGGUGGCCAUCCUCCUCUUCAAGUCUGGCUGAGUUCUGUGAGGCCUGGAGUGCCUCUCCUCCCAACCUGGACUGUAAUGCACUGGUGGCUGAUGUCACAACUUCCCACACACUUCAAAUAUUAAAAUGAAAACAUACCAUGAUGAUACACAACUGGCUGUGCGCAACUGCAUGGACUGAGAUGUACCAUAUUUAAUGUGUAUAUGUUACAGUACAAAUACUACUUUCACUAGUUGCCAUAAAAUGCAACUGGAAGAGAUUUUUGUUAAUGCUGUUCUACAUUUUGUUAUACUUAAGUUGUAAAUGCUUUAACAGUGGCCUUUGAUUGUAUAAUAAAGGAAAGCUAGAGAAUGUAGUCGUGCAUCUGCUUUACCCCAGAGAGCUGUUUUGUUUUGUGACUCCUGUGCUACUGUUUGAAUGUGCUGAGUUGCUCCAGACCUUGAACUACUACAGCAGUUUGAUGCCUGUAUAUUGCCAAAGGUACAAGUGAGACUAGCACAAUCUAUUUGGACACAUCUUCCCAGAUUUGCAAUUGCUGUUAUCGAUCCCAUUUCCCAGUCAUAUCUCAUUGGUGUAAUGUCUCAUCUGGCAUAGUGAGGGUGUUGGCAAUGUCCUAUUGCUAGUUGAGUUCCUAUGUUAACAUGCAGAUGUUUUUAGAAUGGUGGCUUGGUGGUUCCAUUUGCAGAGGGACACCAUCCAUACUUGAACCUAUUCUGUCUGUGCAACAAAGGACUCAAUGUUGGCAUUCAGGUCCUUUUGUAGACUU